AUGGUAAGCUCAUCACUUGAUUCUGUGCCGGCCAGAUCGAGGCCGACGGCGACAAUUCAGGAGCACUUCCUGUUUGUGACCGAUCCGAUGCAGAGCCACAUCGACCCGGCGCGGCGGCUGGCGGUGCGCGUCGCGGCGGCGAUGCCCAACGCGCGCGUCACCUUCUCCACCGCCGUCAGCGGCCACCGCCACAUGUUCCCACACCUGACGUCCCCCGACGGCGAGGUCGUCCAGGGCGUCGUCUCGUUCAUCCCCUACUCGGACGGCUUCGACAGCGGGUUCAACCCUGACAAGCACGGCCACGGCGUCAGCGCGUACAGGGAGCGCGCGCGCGAAGUCGGGUCCGAGACGCUCGCCUCCAUCGUCGCCCGCCUCGCCAGGUGGGGGCACCCCGUGACGCGCGUCGUGUACACCGCGCUCGUCGGGUGGGUCCCCGCGGUCGUGCGCGCGCACGGCGUCCCCGCGGCUCUGUACUGGGUCAAGCCGGCCACGGUGUUCGCCGUGUACUACCACUACUUCCACGGCCACGGCGCGCUCCUGGACUCCUCCUGCGCGAGCGACGUCGCGGACCCUCACGCCGCCGUCCGCCUGCCGGGCCUCCCGCCGCUUAAGGCCGACGCGAUCCCGUCCUUCGCGUCCAUGGCCUCGCCGGGGAGCCGCAACUACCUGACGCUCGACAUGCUGCGCGACAUCUUCCUGGCGCUGGACGAGCACAGGCCCACGGCGGUGCUCGUGGACACGUUCGACGAGCUGGAGCCCGAGGCGCUGCGCGCGGUGCCGGGGUUCAACCUCGUCGCCGUGGGCCCGGUGGUGGUGGACGAACCGUGCAGGCCAUGCGUGGAGCUGUUCCAGCCCAACGACGCCACCGCGUACAUGGACUGGCUGGACACGAAGCCGGCGCGCUCCGUGGUGUUCGUGUCCUUCGGCAGCAUCCUCUCGUUGAGCAAGCGGCAGGACGAGGAGUUGAGGCGUGGCCUGGAGGCCACCGGCCGGGCGUACCUCCUGGUGGCGCGCAAGGGCAACACCGGUGGUGGUGGGAGUGAUAGCGGGCAGGGGAAGGGGAUGGUGGUGGAGUGGUGCAACCAGACGAAGGUCCUGUCGCACGGCGCCGUCGGGUGCUCCGUCACGCACUGCCGGUGGGACUCGACGCUGGAGAGCAUCACGGGCGGCGUGCCGAUGGUGGCCGUGCCGAGGUGGGCGGACCAGCCCACCGUGGCAGCACUAGUGGAGGCGUCUGCGGGCGUGGGCGUGCGUGCGUGGGUGGACGGCGACGGGGUGGUGGGGCGUGGUGAGCUCCAGCGGUGCGUCGAGAUGGUCAUGGGAAACACGGACAGUGCUUCGGCAGUGAGGGCGCGAGCAGAGUGCUGGGGCCAACGCGCCAAAGAGGCGGCCGCCGUCGGGGGGACGUCGCAUAGGAAUCUCCGAGCGUUUGCGUCCGGGCUGUGA